UACGCUGAGCAAAUACGUUCAUACGUAUGUCGAUUGUUGAUUAUGCAGAUGUACCUCAUUAACGGUUGUCUAACAAUUUUAUUAACCUUAUUUUUCUCGGAAAACAUGUUGUCUGAGGUCAGGUUCGCUAAAAAUCUACAAUAACAUUUACGAAAGCCACCAGUCACAAGCCUAAUUUAUUUUAAUCACUCAGCCAGUUAGUCAACAACAAGAUGUUAUCGAAAUGAAAUAAAUACUAAGAUACCAAACAGUUAGUAGAGAAAAAUAUUUUUUUACUAUAAAAAGUAACUUUCCAUUCAUUGACUUACGAAACCGGAAACAACCUGUAAAAUUAAAGUGUCGAACUGGAGUCUGUGUUAAACUCGCUAAAAUGGCUUUGAACGAGAAAAUUAUCACCGAAAUCCGGAUCUGAUAUCGGUCUAUAUAUAUCAAGCCGUAAAUGCGAAUUUGAUGAAGAAAUACUCAUUAAUACCAACAAAUCUUGGACACGCAAUAGGAAAGUGCUAUCAACCACCCUAAUCGCUCCUUAUUUUUCGAUGGGUUGAGAAGCGAAUUACAUUUCCUGACAUUCAGGAUAGAGGAAACUAACCAUAACAACAAAAGGUCUCAUCGAAACUAGCGCAUACCUAGUCCUCUAGCGGUAUAUCAGGUCUGAAACAACUACAAAAAUACUACAAAACAUUGUCCAGUGGUGAAAAUCACUUCCGAUGACAGUAUUUGAUUUGUCAUUGAAACUGGCGUCCGUAGCCGCAUUUUGGUCAUUCCCAGUCACAUCACUAACGGACGUAUUUGAUGCAGUUGAUCUAAAUUAUUUGCUAUAAAAAUUUUGGAAACAUCGAGAAGUUAAACGCGAAAAAAAUUCGAAUUGAAAAGACCUACGUCGUGGGAAAAAGUUGAAGAAAAUUAUAACAACGUCAACUGAGAAAGAGAAUAGUAGCUGAAACUGGUCGGAGCAUUCAUCCCUAGUUUUUAUUUAAAAUUAACAUAAUUACGCACCCGAGAAGAAGUAGUCGAAAUAGUCGAAAUGUUGAAGGUUGUCGGAGCAUCUUGGUUCAAAACACGUAUCUCCACCUACAUAAUAGCAGGUGCUGCGGUACUGUCGAUAUGUGCUCUGUUUAUAGCUGAAAUGGAAAAGCCUCAAUACGAUGGAACAUAUUGCGCAACGUCAUAUUGGUCGAGGCAAUACAGCUUUCGAGUUGAAUUUUGGGGUCAACGAAAUGACUUAGCGCAAGUACCAAAAGGAGCGGCUAGGACAUGUUACAAAGACUCAACUUUUCAAAAUGGAUGGUCACAAAUAGAAGUAGAAACUCAGCCAGAGUACCCCGAUUGGGUACAAGCCUACGGAGCUGGAAUGCUUGAAGGAGCAUUGACGUGGUCCAGUAUCCACAAGCAAUGGUUGAACACAGUUCAAGGCUUUUGUGAACAAGACGAAGGGACACAAGGAUUUUGCAUCUGGCUGCGCGACUAUUUGGCCACAAAUUAUCAAACCAUCAAAAAAAUGGCCGACGAAAAGAGCAAAGUCGAUCACUACUGGUAUCAGAUUCGGUUAUUUUUUCAUCAAUUGGAAGGACUGGAACAUGGAUGGAAAUUAGGUGUGAAGAGAUCUAGAGCUGACUAUGAAAUUGAAUUUGUCGAUUUUUUAAUACUUAACGCUGCACCGGAUAUCCAUGACAUUCGAAUAUAUUAUGAAAAUUUCGUUAAGAACGUAACAUCUGAAUAUGAGUAUCAACCGCAUCCUGCCAAAGCGUCGAUGCUGCUCAAAUCAAUCGAAAGUGAAAAUGGUACGACUCGAAAAGUUUUAAUUGGCCACAGUUCGGAAGGAAGCUAUGCCGCAAUGUUACGGGUUCUCAAAAAAUACAAAUUUCAUUACCACUUCAGCACGGCCCAAAAAACGAACGAAGUGUCUGGCGUUGACAUUGCUUUCACCAGCUACCCUGCAUCACUAGCUAGUUCCGACGAUUUUUACAUAAUUGGAGGCAGAAAAACUAAAUUGACAGUGGCCGGCAUUCGGUUAGAGAAUCAAAAUUUGGACCUGUGGAAAAAUGUGGAAGUCGAUCAUGGAGUACUUCUGGCUGCUCGUGUUAUGAGUGCAAACCGUCUAGCUCAUAGUGGUCGUACGUGGGCAAAAGUAAUGUCUCGAAGUCCGGGAUUUGGUUCAAAACAAUGGCUGAUACUUGACACGAAACGUUUACUGCAAACCGCAGAAGCCGGAAACGAAAUUGACACGUUAAGCGAAGCAUUGUCGGAGGUGAAAAAAUUGCAUCUUUUGGACGAAGACGAGGAAGACAUGUCCGAAGAGCAGAAGAUCGAAGAAGCUGAAGACUUCUUGGAAUUGAUUAAACCGAACAGCGAUGCGUCUGGUAUCACUUGGAUCGUUGAUCAGCUACCUGGUCGAUUACACGCAGAAGACAUGACUGACGAAAUUAUUUUUGGUGGCGGUGGUCUGUGGACGGGAGUUGGAAUGCCGUUCUUUAAGGAAAUGCAGGAAGCUUCGUUGAUUGACCCGGAUGAAAUUAGUCGCAGGUCGUUACAGACAGUAAGCAGUACAAACAUCACAGAUCUCGAAACAGUUGCUAAAGCAUUACAAACACGAGCCUAUCGAGGCGAUUUGAUCGGUGAAAAUGCCAGUGCAUUCGGUAACAUCGACAUAAAACUUUUCUCGCAAACGACGACCGUAGGUGACAUGGAAUUCCGCGCUAUUGCCGGACCACUUUAUUACAACAAUAAAAUACAGCACACUCAACUGCAGCAAAAGCAAACUGAACAAAACCAACAGGUGGAGAAUACCGAUAUGUCUAACAGCAACAACAUCAGUAACGGCGAGAAAGAACUAGCCGACGAGCUCGGUGAAAUUGAAUUGUUCGCCGAGCGGCGUACCGUACGCGAUGACAUACGGGCAAAUGCAAUGACGAAAUUGAAUGGACCAUUUAAAUGGUCGAAAAGUGAAUUGGACGUAGAACAUAAUGGUCAUCCAGAUGUAUGGAAUUUUCAACUUGUUUCACCAAAGUGGGCAUGGAAACAUGACACCGCGUAAUUAGUUAAAUUUUGUUUAAUUAUUUUUUUUAAAUGAAUUUUCUGUUUUAGUUUCAAAUUUUUUUAGCAACAAUUUUUCACAACAAAUAGACGAAUAGAAUUGAAUUUUUUAGCCAAAAA